AUGCCUCCAACCGUCGAAUUUAGACAAGACGGGCAGAAGACUUCACAUGUAGCCUCUCUCGUUCGUAGACACAAAUACUCCGUACCCACCACCCCGCCAGUUGAAGUCAAGCGGAGACGUACCCUCCGAUCGAAGCCAAGCGGAUGCAACAAUUGCCCAUCUUCAUGUUGUGGGCUUCAGAACAUUUUGAGUCUUCUGCCGACCGGUGCUGAAUGGCAAUUUUUGCUUUUGGUUGCUUUGACCUCCGCGAAGACGGCAUCACGCUGGACAUGUCCACAAAGCUCGGGUGUCUUUAGCACAGACACACACACACGUACACAUGGGCAAUUGUUGCAUCCGCUUGGCUUCGAUCGGAGCGUACGUCUCCGCUUGACUUCAACUGGCGGGGUAAAGGGUACGGAGUAUUUGUGUCUACGAACGAGAGAGGCUACAUGUGAAGUCUUCUGCCCGUCUUGUCUAAAUUCGACGGUUGGAGGCAUUCUUGUUGCCCAGGCAAUGGCUACACUCGAAGCUGUACAGACCGAAAUGGACGGUACGCCUGAAGACGCUACUUACACUCCCGAGGAGGCAAGUAAAGUGCGGGCCAAGCAAGUCAGAGUAUCAUCUGCCCGGCCGGCGUUUCGUUACUUCAGGACGAUGCGCCAAAGCACC